AUGACGGAAAAGCCGCUCAGAAUCGUAAUGGUUCGCCAUGGUGAAUCUCAGUGGAAUCAUGGAAAACUUUUUUGCGGCUGGUACAAUUGCCCUCUUACCAAAACUGGCGAAAAUGAAGCGCGACAAGCCGGAAAAGCACUGAAAGAAAAAGGGAUCGAAGUCGAUGCUGCAUUUUCGUCCCUUCUUCUUCGGGCGAAUCAGACUUGCGACUUGAUUCUAGAGGAGCUUGGGGUCAAAGAAGAUGUUGAAGUGAAGAGAUCUUGGCGGCUGAAUGAGAGGCAUUAUGGCGAUCUUACCGGCCAAAACAAAGUGGUCGCCGUGGCAAAAUACGGAGCCGACCAAGUCAAACUCUGGCGCCGAUCAUACGACGUAGCUCCUCCACCAAUCAGCCAAAGCAAUCCAUACUACACUCAAAUUCAACAGAACAAAGUCUUCGUCGAUGUCCCAAAAGAAGAAUUUCCAACAUCUGAAAGUCUCAAAAUGACAACCGAUCGCUCCUGGCCAGCCAUCAAAUCUGGAAAGACGGUUCUUUUAGCCGCGCAUGGAAACUUACUCCGAGGACUGAUCAAGAAUAUCGACAACGUUUCUGAGGAAGACAUCAUCAAUCUCAAUCUCCCAACAGGCAUCCCCUUCAUCUACGAAUUCGACAAAGACAUGAAGCCGACGAAAUCUCUAGAAUUCAUAAGCGACGAGAAAAUCGUCAAAACCGGCCUUGAAAAAGUCAAAGAUCAGACAACCAAAACUUAUGUUCGCUAA